GGAAAAUCCCGCUGCUCUGUAUAAAAGCUCACUUCCACUGUCACAAACUCAUUCAGCCAAACACUCUCACAAGAGAAACAACGAUUUAAACCAGCUCAGUGACUCUAAGAGGGAACUGAACUAAACGACAGAACGAUGCCAUGCCAAUGCGACAUACAAGAGGACUUCAAACUGGAGAUGUCUUCGCAUCCUCACAGCAUGAGACAAGUGGUGAACAUCAUCAUUGCUGUGGAAAGACUGAAGCACAUCAAAGAAAUCGCUCCUGGCAAGAUUUGUGAAGAUGCGCUGCUCAGCUUCUUCUUGGAGAAUGUGAUCGAAGAGCGUAUGGUUAAUGUAGCACCCACUUACAAUAAGACCAGGCAGACCUUGCAGUGCACCGUUUGUGAUAAAUACAAAAAGACUCUGGUACAGAGCAACAAACAAAGCGAUCCUCUUCAUUUGAAGGCUGUGACGCUGAGUGCUGGAACAAUGCAAUACAAAGUUCAGUUCAGUAUGUCAACGUACAUCUCGAGUGCAACACCAAAAGACGCCCAGCCUGUGUGUCUGGAAAUUUCCAACAGCAACCUCUACCUUGCUUGUACCCAGUCAGACGGUUCUUCCCCCGCUCUGAUCUUGAAGGAGGUCAAAGGCCCUCUGAACACCAUUAAAACUGAUGACCCGAAUGGAAACGACAGCCUCCUCUUCUUCAGGAAAGAGACGGGUACAGCUUACAACACUUUUGAAUCUGUUAAAUUUCCUGGAUGGUUUAUUACCACCGCUUUUGACGACUGGGAGAAGGUGGAAAUGUACCAGAGGCCAACUGAACGAAUCCCAGACUUCACACUUGAGGAUCAAAAACUAAUCCGGACUUGAUCCAGAAACACAUUUUCAGAGAGUAUGUACCAAGUACAGUUUAUAGUCUGGAUUUAUUCAGGGUUGCAAAAAUGCCUGAGCUGAUGUACUGAUGUAUUGAUCAGUUUUUGUUGUUGUUGUUGUUGUUUUUGUUGUCUUUUUCUAUGCUCUAAAUGUGUAUAGUUUGUGUUGGGAUUGGUAAAUUCAUUUUGAACAGCUUUAUUUAUUUCUAGGGCUCAAGCCCAAAGGGUGAGAGCUCUAUAUUUAUUAUUAUUAUUAUUAUUAUUGUUAUUGUUAUUGUUAUUGUUAUUGUUAUUAUUAUUAUUAUUAUUUUCCAACGUCUCUGGGACUUUUGUGGGACCCUUAACCUACUCAAAAACUCUUGGAAUCUGCUGCCAUAAUGUUUGAUAUAUAUUAUAAUUUAUUUUAAAAUGAGAAUUGUUUUACAUUGCACUGAUUUGUAUUUUUGAAUAAACAAGACAUGGAUGUUA